GGCUGGCCCCCCGCCAUGCUGGGGCACACGGCGGCCGGCGCGGCGGCCAGGCUGCCCCGGGCCGCCGGCCCCGACGAGAACCAGGAGAACGUCCACCCGGACAAGCGCGGCGCCGCCGAGCCCGCCAGGACGCGCACCGUGCUGGGCGUGCUGCGCGCUAAUGUGCGGGGCCCGGGCCCCGGCCUCGGCCCGGCCGCGGCCCUGGCGCCGCAGAAGUCCAAGAGCCGCAGGGUUGGUGUGCCUCUCCGAGACAUUCCCAUCAAUGAUGGGCAGGAUGUGGUCCCACCGUGGAACGCCACCGGCAAACAGCCCACCUUCACGAUUCACGUGGAUGAACCAGAGGGGGAACCAGAGAAGAAACUUCCCGUCCCUAGAAAAGUGGAGUCUGAGGACGAUGUGCUGGGUUUCAAUUCAGCUGUUUCACUGCCAGAGACAAGAAAACCUUUGGUGUCCCUCGAUUAUCCGAUGGAGGGUAGUUUUGAAUCUCCUCUUACUAUGGACAUGUCUGUGGUACUGGAACCGGAAGAAAAGCCACCAAAUGUCAACGAAGUCCCUGACUACCAUGAAGACAUCUACGUGUACCUUAGGGAAAUGGAGGUUAAGUGUAAGCCCAAGGUGGGCUACAUGAAGAAGCAGCCAGACAUAACCAACAGCAUGCGAGCCAUCUUGGUGGACUGGCUGGUGGAGGUGGGGGAGGAGUACAAGCUUCAGAAUGAGACUCUGCAUUUGGCCGUGAACUACAUCGAUAGGUUCCUGUCCUCCAUGUCCGUGCUUCGGGGCAAGCUUCAGCUGGUCGGCACCGCUGCCAUGCUCCUGGCCUCAAAGUUUGAAGAGAUUUACCCCCCAGAAGUGGCCGAGUUCGUGUACAUCACAGAUGAUACGUACACAAAAAAGCAGGUCCUAAGAAUGGAACACCUGGUGCUCAAAGUGCUUGCUUUCGACCUCGCCGCACCGACCAUCAACCAGUUUCUCACUCAGUAUUUCCUGCAUCAGCCUCAGGCCAAUUCCAAAGUGGAAAGUUUAGCAAUGUUUCUGGGAGAGUUAAGUUUGAUUGAUGCUGACCCAUACUUGAAAUACUUGCCAUCAGUUACGGCGGGAGCUGCCUUUCAUAUAGCACUCUACACAAUCACUGGGAAAAGCUGGCCCGAGUCAUUAAUCCAACAAACAGGAUACACCUUGGAAAGUCUUAAACCAUGUCUAAUGGACCUCCAUCAGACCUACCUCAGAGCGCCACAGCAUGCGCAGCAGUCUAUACGAGAAAAAUACAAGACGGCCAAGUACCACGGUGUAUCCCUCAUCAGCCCUCCAGAGACACUAAACUUAUAGUGAGUGGGAGACUAAGAGGUCUAACUCCAACAGGAGCUUUGCUUGCUGGACAGUUUUUAUCGUGGGCCCGGGUGUCUUCACAAAGAAUCACUUCACAGACAAGUUGGGCCAAUUACAGAUUAUGAAGUACCUUCUUUGAUUUUUAUGAUUUUAAAUGUAAAUCUUUUCUACGUGCAAUUGUCCUGCGUAUUUAGCUGCAGAAGUAAGUGGUGUUGUUUAUGCAUAGUGAGUAUUAACCAAGCCCAUACCUUAGGAUAAGAAUGUGGGGACCUGGAUGGGGUCAGAAUCUGGCUCGCUCACCAGUGUCUGAACACAAACAGCACGGUACAGGAGAGCCCAGUAGAAGGAUGAUGCAGGAUACAAAGUUUAGAAUGUUGACGGCCCUCCCUGUCUGUUUUCUUAAGAUUGACGUGGCUCAGGAGAGCAUCAGCCCUGAGCUCAGACGUGCUCUUCCAGGGCAGGGUGACGGGCAGUGUUUCUGGAACAAGUGCUUGGCCUUUUCUACCGGUCCCUGUUGGCGAGCCGUGUGUGUGUGUGUGUGUGUGUGUGUGUGUGUGUGUGUGUGUGCCAUCGAUGCUGCCUGUGCUGCUAAAACAGCUCUUGCCAUGGUGUCAAAUAGAAUGAGAUUUUCAAACAGAAACCAUGUGUAGCCCUUCUUCUUGAUGAUGCAUGCCACUUGUGGACCCCGACUGAGCUGGGCAGAAGGGUGUUUCCCAGGCUGGUCUGUACUGACUGAGAGCCGCCUUCUCUGCAGGCUUGAGGACACUGACAAAACCCAAAUGGAAGGGAGGAGACUCCGAGUCGUCUAACUAGUAACCAGUGAGAUUUGGGGUCUGGUUACAAAUUGGGACCUGAUGUAGGACAGAAUCAA